GCGAAGCGAGGCAGAUCUUGUCAUUUUUACCUGUUUCUACCCGUUAAACCAUGUCAAAUCAACGCAAGAUGUGCAAACCAAAGUCGUACCGUUGUGCAGAAUGUGCAAAAGGCUACACGACACCCGGAGGACUCACACAGCAUCGAACAAGGGGUCACGAGCUGCCUAUCGCCCUUCGGAAAAUGGCAGAACAGCAAUCUCAACAUCUUGACAUAACUCGCGUGACCACUGCGCAAGCUCAACUGCCCGAACCUCCUCCUCUCAGUCGUUCGCCCUCACUCGAGCCUCGAAUUCCGGAUGCACCAGGGACAACACCCCCUCCAAACCAUGUUGAGACCCACCCAAUUAUUGAUGGUACCCCCUGUGAUUCCGAGGGCUACGACUACGACAGACCACCCCAGGAUCUCCUUCAAGAUAGAAUUCUUGAGGAGAUCUGCUACCCAUUUCUAUCCCCCUCCGAAUUCCGCUUGGCUGAUUUUCUCACCGGAAAUAUCGACGAGCUCGUUAGCACCAUUUGAAUUCCAUCUUCCGUGCGGCACUUCUCAUUGGUUAUGCUGCGAAACAUCGAAUUCCUAUUCAAUACAGUUUCUACUAUACUCAUUCAUAAUGCACAUGAGAUUGUUAGUUGAU